ACUAAUAGUAUAAUUAUUUAAUAAAUAGUUAUAAAACAAUAGAGGAAUCCAGAUUGAAUUAAUAAUGAAAAUAUCAAUAUAUUUGUUGGUCAUAUCAAUCAUAUAUUUGCGGAUUGAGUGCAAAACUGUGCCAAAAGACGAUGACUUGAUUACGGAUGAAGAAGAAGGCAUACAAUAUCUGUUAGACGCGAAUGAGAAGCUCAGGGUUGAGAUGAAUAAGUACUCGACCGCUGAGUGGAACUAUGCCACUGAUAUCAAUGACCAGACAUCCGCUGAAAGGGAUACAGUGACUGAAGCUUUCAAUGCAUUUCAAAAGCAGGCGUCAAUUGAUACCAAAAAGUAUGAUUGGAGUGGUUUUGAAGAGCAAUAUAAAAGACAGUUUGAGAAAAUGGCGGUAAUCGGGACGUCCGCUCUGGAGGGCGACGACGAGAAAAAUUACAUCAAAGUGACCGGGAAUAUGGAGACGACUUAUAGCACCGCCAAAGUGUGUGUCAGUGGGAAGUGUGAUCUCGAAUUGGAUCCAGAUUUGGAUAAAAUAAUGGCCGAAUCGAAAGAGCCGACAGAGUUAGAGGAGGCGUGGGUUAACUGGAGGGACGCCUCCGGAAAGAAAAUGAGAAACGAUUUCAUAGAGUACUACACUUUAGGCAACAAAGCGGCCACUCUUAACAAACUGCCCGAUAAAGAAUUCAAGACUUUGGACGACUUGUGGCUGUUCUCAUGGGAAACGCCAGAUAUUAAACAACAGACUCAGGAACUGAUGGAUCAGUUGAAGCCUUUUUAUGUGAAACUUCACGCGUAUGUGAGAAAGCAUUUGAAGGCAGCCUAUCCCGAUGUCAUGCCGGCUGAUGGCACUAUACCCGCACACCUAUUGGGUAAUAUGUGGGCUCAAUCGUGGAGUAAUACUAUNUCAUGCCGGCUGAUGGCACUAUACCCGCACACCUAUUGGCAAUACACAGCAAAACGAAUGUUUGAUUUGUCGGACAAAUUCUUUGGUGAUUUAGGUCUCGACAAAAUGACACCAAGUUUUUGGGAUAAAUCCGUUAUUGUAAAGCCAGCCGAUAAGCAAAUGGUUUGUCACGCCUCGGCCUGGGAUUUCACGGCAGCAUCGGGUGAUGACUUCCGUAUCAAACAGUGCACUAACAUUAAUAUGGAGGACCUGAUCACCAUUCACCACGAGAUGGGACACGUCGAGUACUAUAUGCAGUAUAAAACACUACCUGUUGUUUAUCGCGAGGGAGCUAAUCCAGGUUUUCACGAAGCAAUUGGUGAUCUAUUGGCACUAUCCGUGUCAACACCGGCACAUCUCCAGAAGAUUGGUCUCUUAACUCUGGAUGAAUCGGUGGAUAUGGAGAAAAUUAAUAUCAAAUACCAGCUUAAGAUGGCUUUGGAUAAACUGGCAUUUUUGCCAUUUGGGUUCAUUAUGGAUAAAUAUCGGUGGGAUGUCUUCUCCGGCACCACAUCUUCAGCCAAUUUAAACAAACACUGGUGGGAAUUGAGAGGUGAAUACCAAGGUUUGUCACCGCCUGUGAAGCGAAGCGAGAAUGACUUUGAUCCAGGUGCCAAGUAUCACGUGCCAGCUAGUGUUGAAUAUAUUAGAUAUUUUGUAUCCCAUAUCCUACAGUUCCAGUUUCAUAAAACUUUGUGCGGAUUCAGUCAAAAGGCUGUUCCCCUGCAUGAGUGCGAUAUCGAUGCUGAUAAGGACGCCGGUGCUAAACUAAAGGAUAUGUUGUCAGUGGGCUCAUUAUUGAAAUGGCCAGAUAUAUUAAAACAAUUGACUGGAACUGACAAAAUGGAUAUCAAUCCACUUCUUGAGUACUUUAAACCAUUGCAAGACUUUUUAGAUAAAGAGUUAGAGGGCGUAGAAACUGGCUGGACAUUUGAUGUUGACAAUCACUUUUUAAUAACCGAUGAGACGCAAGGAAAGACAUAUUUAACAGAAGUUGACUCAAAACUACGACAACAAAUGGAGACCAAUACGGAGGCUCAAUGGGCUUAUGCCGUAGAUAUCAAUGAGAACACUGCCGCAGCAAGGAUAACAGUAAUUGAUGUCACCUUUACUGCUGAAUGAACCUACCUGUCCGCUACUAACAUACUCGAGACGUUUUUAAACUAUCCUAAUGUCACGUAAUAUCCUGUGUUUAAGUCUAAUUUACUGUAUUUAAGACUUCUGUAUGUGUUUAUCCCUAAGUUCUCAUUUGUAAUAUUUAAUACUC